GAAAGCAGCAUCCCUGCCUCACGACAUUUUCGGCAGCGGCAUUGUUGCUCUGUGCUCGCGGCCGUCGUGUAUUCGCCCGCAGCAAAUGUUAAUAACCGUUUACCUACAGGAAAGAUGCUAACUUUUGUAACUGCCUGAUGUUGUUUUCAUCGUAAACGUUUCCUAGCUCGUCUUUUUUGUUUUAAACUGAAGCAGAUUGAUCGGUACUCGAGAAAAUGAAUUCCAACACGCACGUCAUUCAGGUGACAAACGUCUCCCCGAGCACAACGUCCGAACAAAUGAGGACUCUGUUUGGAUUCCUCGGGAACAUAGAGGAGCUCAAACUGUUUCCACCUGAGUGAGUAUUGUGUACUAUUAAUCGGUGAAACGCUGUCGUACCUAUCUUACCUGGUUCACGCUAGGCUUGUGUUGAGGCCUGUGGUGUCGAGUAGGCCUCGCUGCACGGUAUGCUAAUGCUAAUGCUAACGUUUGCCCGCGCCUCCAGUGAAUGCAGCAGCAGUCACUCCCCUCAACACCACCGCAUGACCAUCACACAGGGAUCUCGUUAUAUAAUAUCAUGUCGGGUAUUUAGCACUUACUGCAACAUUGCAAUUACUCCACAGACUCUGGGGUGUAAAUAGAGCUGAUAAAGGUUAAUCAGUCAACCUAAUCAUCAACAAAUUUAUAAUGUGUUACUUGUUGAAUCAGUAUAUUAUGUUAAUCAUUUGAUAAUCUGUAAUCUGUAAUUUAUGUAUGAUUAAGUGUUGAGCCCCAAAAUGUGAGAAAAUAAAUUUUAAAAAAUUGCCACUACAACAUUCUGUUGUCAAGUUUAAGUUAUUUAGUUUGCAGUGCUUAAAAAAAUAAAAAUCAAAGUAGUAAAUCGUCACAUUUGAGUGAUGAGAAUAGCCUAAGCACAACAUUUUUGUUUGACAAAUCACCUUUUAAACCAUCAUAUGUUAUUAUCAGUAUUAUUGUGAGUUAAUGAACAGUUUCACCCCUGUAAAAUAUUGAAUACUAGCCUGCCCAAGAUUCUCUGUCUUUCUCUGCUUUAAAUCAUUGUAGGCUAAAUAGAUUAUGGUGUGUUUUAUUUGAUAUUUUCAGGAAAUUUAAUCAAGUAUUUGGUCAAGUAAUUGUCAAAUUAACCAAUAAUAAGAUGGGAUAAGAUAAUGCUUUUAGUGCAAAUAUUAAGCAUCAGUAGAAAAUAAAAUAAAGUAUGUAGCAAAGUUCGUACAAUAAGUAAACUGUACAAAAAAUAAAGAGCAGUAUAAUAAGAAAACAGGAAGCAAUAUAAUAAAGAAGCAUCAAAAAGGAGCAGAAUAUAAUAAAGAGAGCCUGAAUGGCUGAUUUUAUGUUAUUGACUGAUGGAAGUCAGUUAAACAAUGCUGAUAUUGUACCCGAGAGGCUGAUCGUAAGCAGUAAAAAAUAAAUAAGUAACGCAACAUAUAAUAAUAAUAAUAAUAAUAAUAAUAAUAAUGUAUGUGAGCAAGGUUAAUUUUUAUUUAGAAAGCUCAAAAUCACAUUUUGCCUCAGGGCUUUGCAGCACACAACAUCCCCCUGUUCUUGGUCCCUCAAAAAACACAACAAAACAACUUUAUUGGGGUGAAAAAUGGUCGAAACCUCAGCAAAGGCAACCCAGGAGGGAUCCCUCCUCCGAGUUGCAGCCCUAGCUGUAACAGCAUCUGCUUAACGUAGUAAAUGCUGAUACUACACUAAGUGGAAAAACAAAGUAGCUCAGUGUUAAUAUUGUUAUGUCAGUUACUUCCUGCCGGCAAUCCCUCGGGUUCCCUGCAUCUCACUCGGGAUGCUAAUGAGCUCCCGCGAUACAUACUCUGUUUACAGUAUUUUAACAUUGACAGUAGUAAGAAAUAAUUGUUCUCUGCUUUGUAUUUUCCUGUAUCGAUUUACACCUGGCUUCUCAGCAGGUAGGACAUCAAGGACUGUAACAACAGAAGAUAUUCAAAACAUCACUGAUUGACACUGAUCUUGGCUUAUUGACAAUCUGUUAAAAAUCAAUGUGCUAACACUACAACCAGGGUUGUAACUUUUUUGUCCACCUACCAUACUUUUAGCUGGUGAGUGAAACAAAUCUAGCAGCCACCUGUCAAUUUCCAGCCCUGUUUUACAACACACUGUGAAAAAAUAUUUCUAAGAUGGAUUGUUGGUCUAAUCAGAGUCAGAGAGUAGCUGAAAGUUGGUUGUCUCUGGGGACACAAAGCUCAUUCAGGUCAGUUUGAAGAAGGCAUGUUGGGUCUCCUUGUUUGUAUUCUUUGCACAACAUAUCUGUAUUUUCUUCCAGUGACUCUCCCUUGCCUGUGACUUCACGUGUCUGUUUUGUAAAGUUCCUUGAGUCUGAGUCGGUGGGAGUUUCCCAACACCUGACGAACACUGUCUUCGUGGACCGAGCCUUGAUCGUGGUCCCUUUUGCUGAAGUGGACAAGUCAUUUGCAGAGAGCCCCUUCCUUGCUGGCUGAAAGUGGUCCUCUGCUGCCAUCAGGAGAUUAGAAAAAAUAAUGGCACCAGGCUCGCAAGCCCCCUUCUCUCUGUUGUUCUGCAGUAAAACAUUAACUCUUUAUUUUUUUCUCUCUGUCCAAGGCAUCUUUAUUUUUUAUUUUUUGAAUUAGCCACACAACUCUUAUGCAAAAUGAGGGGGUGGUGGGAGAGGGUGCAGGGAAAUCUCAAUUCCUCACAUGGUCAAAGAAUUUCAAAUAUUUUUUAAAUUAACAUGUAUGUUGAUUAGUAGGCAUGCACCAGACUAGGGAUGCCCCGAGCAGAUCCGCUGGUAGAUCGAGACAAUUUUUCGAUCAUUGGUAAUGAUUUUUAAGCUUGAACCAUUUUUGAUCCUCUGUUUAUAUUUGAAGCUUUUGCACUCUGGAUACGCCAGCUGUCUAAAUCUCCCACUGUGCUUGAACCAGUAAACAUUAACAGUGAAUUUCAGUUUAUAUCAACACUGACGGCAUGCAUCCACGAGAAAAUCCACUGUAAGCUAGUUGCUUUGGCUCAAUUUCAGCAACAUUUUCCAGAUGUUGUACACCUAAAAAAACUGUUUAAAUGUUGGCAUAUUGUAUAAGUUAUGUUACAUAGCAUACAUGUAGUUUAUUUAUUGCCACGACAAGACCACGCUGACACUCCGUUGUCCAUUGAUAUGACACACAACGCUGAAGGAAACAUUUAAACACCCUUCACGUACACACAGGUGUCUUCAGUUACUGGCUGAUGAGACAAAAUGUUAGGUUGAAGGUGGGCGGGGUUAAGCUUGGUGUUUGGUUGAUGCAAGAUGGCAAUCAGAUCACAGUCUAAAGAUGCACACAGUUCUCAGGAGACGUCUGAUCAGCCACCCAAGUGAAGACGUUACCUGUGUGGGUGUUGAGGGUGUGGCUUUGUUUUUUAUAACGCACACACACCUACCUGCCCUGGGAGACAUUUUCACCUCCCCUCUGCCCUCGAUUUACAGUGAUAAAAAAGGAAUCUGUUGACCCAACUGGAUCACCGUAUUAAAUGUAAUUUAGCAUGACUGGGCAAAGUGUGCACUGUGCAGCUUCAUUAGAGAUAAAUAUAAACACUGGAUCAGGACUUUGGCAUAAUGCUCAUAUUAAACGCAUCAGAUCAGGGAACAAUGUUCGGGACAUCCCUACACCAGCACAGAGCAUGCAGGAUAGAUGAACUAAUCAGCUGUGCAUGCUAGAAUAGAUGUUGAAGGUGUGUGCCAUCAUCAGCACAGUGACUUUCAGCAGAUGUUGUGGAAGAUGAUUAGCAUAUAAUCUGGUUGUUAAUCAUGAUAAGCGCACAAACUGCCUUUGGCGUUUACUCGCUUCAUGUGCCAAAGCUUGGUUAUUAUUUUUACACUGUACAUCUGUAUUUCCAAAUUUUUUACUAACACACAAGAGAUAAAAGUAGUUUUAAUAAGCCUCUGCUUGAUGUUGCAGUAAAAUGCUUUUUUUUUUUAUUGACCCUCUCCACACAUGACUCUGAAAGAGUUGAGUGAAUCUCACGUUUAACAGUGGUGUUUCUUUUGUUGUUGUGUUUUACAGUUCUUUUUCCUGGUUCAGCCAGCCCUAUAUACCAGGCCCUGCUGAAAAUGCCACCAACAGUUUUGUCUUCUGCAGCCUUAUCCUGUUUCUCAAGUGUCCUUUCUGUUGUGUGUGUGUGUGUGCGCGUGUGUGUGUCUCUCUCUCUCUCUCUCCCUCCCCUUUUAAAAUGUCAAAUGUCAGAUUAAAAAAUAGCCUGUUUUCAGAUUGCACCAUGGAUGAUCAUCUCCAUAAGAUUUUCCCUUUGAUUUUACUGUUUGGUUUCUUCAGCUUUGGGCACAUUUUUCUUGAUUUUAUCACAGUUUUUGCUGGCAGUAGUCCCAUAACUGUUUAGUGCAGCUUAUCUUUGACAUUGUUUAGUGUUUGUAGUGACAGACUGUUGGCUAAAACCUAGCAACGCUGUAGCUUGUAAGCAAUAUUUAUCUCGUUGCCAAGUAAGAUUUUAUUUUGUGGUGGGAUUAUACAAAGUAACCACCAACAAAAGCCCAGAAAAGGUAAUAUGUGUGAGCCUUUUCUGUUUCUGUAUUGGUAAUGGUAAUGGAUGGUAAGUGAUGUUGAAUUGUACCCAUGUGUCUACACCCAAAUCAUGAACUUUGUUUUCUGUAUCUCAAUGUUUUUGUGUGCUUUAUAGCGAAGCAGCCGGCACGAGUCGCUUGUUCAUAAAACAUCUAAUGAAAGUUGAGAGCACAUCCCACGGGACAACUGGCUGUGCUUGCUUACGUUUGGUUCAUGACUUAAAAAACAAGUACAGGUGAUAAAAUCUUGGCAGUGUUGACCACAGUGUGUAUUGUGACUUAUAAACUCAUAGCUGCUAAUCCUACAAUCAUACUUUCACAACAAAAGAGUCAGGGAUCAAGAUUUACAGACAAGACAAAAAAAAAGUGGAUUUUUUUUUUUUUUUUUUUUUUUUUUUUACCAGAUUUUAUUUUGACUACAGAGUAGUUAGACUGAGGUGGCUUGUCUGCAAGUCUUGUCUGAGUGUUUAUCGAUGUUUGCUCGGAGCGUGUACUGAAAUGUUGUUGUUUUUCUCCAGGAGUCAUUCCUGAUGAAUCUAAAGCUAUGUCGCUGCUGGCUCCAGCCAAUGCCGUGGCAGGAAUGAUGCCUGGGGGAGGCCUUCUUCCAACACCCAAUCCUCUGGCAACAAUGGGAGGGACGCCAUUCGGAGGUCUUGGAGCUCCCAACAUGGAGCAAAUGGCUGCCAUGGGAAUGCCGGGCCCUAACAUGAACCCCCAGGCUCUUUCUGCAGACUUCCUGAAGCUCAUGCAGUCCAUGGACCCCAAAUUGAAUCCAUUAGCGGCUGGACUGAACUUGAAUCCAGGGCUGAAGAAUGAUGCCUCCAACAAGGAGAUCGAAGAGGCCAUGAAGAGAGUCCGAGAGGCCCAGUCUCUCAUCUCUGCUGCCAUUGAACCAGGAAAUAAGAAGGAUGACAAGCGCAAACAUUCCCGCUCUCGUUCGCGGUCACGGCGCAGGCGGUCCAGGUCUCGCUCAAGACACAGACGUUCGAAGAGCAGGUCUCGGCGGAGGUCCCAUUCAAGGAGUAGGAGGAGGUCCAAGAGUCCACGGAGGAGGAGGUCCCACUCCAGGGAUAGAGGCCGCCGCAGUAGAUCUAGGGACAGGAGGAAGGAGGAGAAGUCUAAGAAAAGGUCAAAGACGCCCCCCAAGAGCUACAGCAGUGCCAGGAGGUCUCGAAGCAUUAGCCGGAGACACAGGCGAAGCCGCAGUGCAUCUCGGUCCCCCAGGAGGAGGUUGUCCAGGUCUCCAUCGCCCAGACGUCACAAAAAAGAGAAGAAGAAGGACAAGGAGCGUGAGAAGGAGCGGGACAGAGACAGGAGGGAGGACAGGGACCGCAGCAGAGAUGAAAGAGAACGCUCCACAAGUAAGAAGAAGAAGAGCAAAGACAAGGAACGAGAUCGGGAACGCAAGUCCGACAGUGAGAAAGGAGACGUUAAGUUAUCUCCACAGGUGACCCGGGAUUACGAUGAAGAGGAGCAAGGGUAUGACAGUGAAAAGGAAGGAGAGGAGGAUGACGACGAGAGGAAGAGCGACUCCGACUCUGCCUCAUCCCCCAAAGGCCCGGAGGAGAUGGAGAGAUCUGAGGGCCAGAUCCCCAAAAAGUCCAAACUGAAUGGGGACGACCACCAUCAGGAGGACAUGGAGAUGAGCGAUUGAGAACAUCCCGAACCAGACCGUAUUAUCUUUCCACUAUCCUCUUUUAUAUUUUUAAUAUAGGCCACAACAUGUCUGUGCCUGAUCACGCAAAGUUAAAACGAUUUGUUGUCUUAACUGUAGAAGUGUCGGGGAAGGAGCGGGUGUAGAGGAAACAGUCAAAUAAUUUUUGUAAAGACAAAAAACAAGGACUAAAAUAUGAAUAACAUGAGACAUGGUUUUAAAUUGUCAUUGCUGUACUUUUUUAAGAUCCUGUUGAUUUUUCUUUUUGUUGCCUUUGUGUUGGAACUUUGUCCUCCUGACGGUAGAGUACGCAGCAUUUGACACUAGAAUGCUGUCCAUGUAAAUAUUUUACUAGUCGGGGUUGAGUCCUUUCUUUCUUCAGACUGUUAGUCACCCGCCGCCCAGCACCAACCUCAUGGUUAAUUUUUGGUUGCUGAACCAUUUUGCUUUAACUGUAAAUGCACCAAGUCGUGUUUCAGCUGACCUUCCUAUUUGCAGCCCUUUGUAAGUGUACACUGUAGAUUGAAAUGUGUGUUGCGAUGAAAUACAAUAGGUUUUCCAAAGGAAACGAAUAAAAUUGGGUCAAACUGUCAA